AUUUUUCCUUUUUAAUUAAUUAGAAAUCAUUCAUUUUUUUGGCAAAAAAUAAUAAUGUAACAGUAAAACUCAUAUUUCAUGUAACAAGUCAAAUAUAAAUACCUAACACAUGUAGUGUAGAAACAUACAAAAAAUAUAUGUCCAAAAAGUUUUAGUCGGUCUCCGAAAUAUAGCAGACUAAACAAAUGAACAAUCUCCUGAUAGUGCUGACUUUUCUGGGCCUAUGUAUCAGCUUAAGCAAUGGUUUUGACAUGCUAGGAGGAAGCAAAGUCACGUUCAGCAACCAGUUGGAACACAGCAAACUCCUCAAGGUUCUUUGUGACAAUGACGAAGGGGAGCAGCUUGUGAAAAUCGGCAAAGAAUACGAGUUCACUUUUGGUGAUAGCAUUUUCAAAACGACCCGUUACUCGUGUAAAAUGGACCAAGGUCCUAAUUUCAAACAUCACCAAGAGUUUGUGGCGUAUGACGCUUCGUGGAGCAAAGCUCUUGAGGCUACAUGUAAGUGGAUUGCUAGAGAAGAUGGUAUCUACUUUUCUCAAGAUGGAAACCCUCCUCUGAGGAGAUAUGAGUGGGAUGGUCCUCACCUCCUCAAAAACUAGAAUUAUAUAUCUUGGGUUGAUAUCUCUAAUCUUUGUAUCGUAUGAGAAAUUGAUUAUUAUAAUAUGUUAUUAAGACACAUUAAUUAUUAUAAAAAUAUUAUUAUAUUAUUACAUUAUGACUUUACGUGUGUUUAUUACGAAAUAAGCAAUUGAAAACAAUUAAUUACGAAGGUCUAAACAAUCAACUAAACGCUGUUAUUUUUUUUUAUAACAACAUCUACUUUAUUGAUUUUAGCUUGAAUGAAUAUGAUCGUCAUGUAACAAUACAUGCAAAUAGAGCCAAUCAUGACUCUCUCUCUUCUCUCUUAGAAAGAGAAAACUCUCUGUAAUUUCUUCUUCCCUCUUACCACACUAUCAUCUUUCAGAGGGAAAGAAAUUGUCAGAGGGAGAGAGAGUCAUGUUUUUUGGUUUGUAAAAUAGAUUCGAUCGAUGAGAUCGAUCUUCCUUUCCAUAUAUCGGAUUUCAUUUUCGCUAUGGCGAUUUUGUUGUUUCGCUUAGGCGAUUUUGUGGUGUUACCGACUCAAAAUCAAAGCUUUUCUUCAUGAAUUUGUUGUGUUCUUUGAUUAUGGGUUGAGUUUAAUAAAUCUUUGCUCUCAUCCUUCUGUUUUAAUGUGUUUUAUCCGCUCAAUCAAGAGAAUUGAUUUCUCUUAUUGUUAGUAAAGCUCGGUUCUUGAUUCUGAUUUGGAAUCAAUCUUCGUUUUAUAUCAACCGAAGUAUCCAAGAUGGUCAAGAUCGGAGGUGUGGAUUAUGUUUCGGAGAUUCGAUGCAGAGCUUAGAAGAGUUGGAGCUGCCCAGGGGUUAGUGUUCCAGCAAGGUUCUGUUCUCGUUUCACUUCUGAAACUUUCCUUGGUUUAAAUCCCUACCGAUUGGAGAUAAAAUCUUCGUUGGUUGGCGAUGAUUGAAGGUUUGAAGAGCAAGCAAGCAGCUUCAGACGAAUCAGAGAUGGAGACUGUUGGUUGUUCCGACAUCUCGGUUCAUGGAAUAGCGGGCCCACGCGCAAGCACGUGUCAUACAUGCAAGAAUCCUAAUCUCUUGUUUUUUUGGGUUCCGUUUGGGCUUUAUUAAUUUUGUAUCUUAGUUUGAAUCUGCCUGUAAAUAUGACCCAUUGAGCAUGGUUAAUAAAACCAAAAGUUGACAAAAAAAAA